ACACUAUACCGGCUGCUGCUGCGCCUACCAGCGGAUCUGAAUGUGGGGAAAUGACCGAGAGUGACCUCAGAGGAAACACUGUAUUUUAGCGUCCGUUCGCCUUAUAAUUUUAUACUUCAUUCAGAGCAGUAAUGAACGUCACAUUUUAGCGUUAUAUCACUGUGUGAAAUACGUUGCAUUAGUGGAAGGAUUCGUUAGCUGCCGUGUCACUAACUUGAAGACAGCGGGGGCUAACACAGGCUAAGCUAAGCUACGGUAGCCGGGAUUGUCAACGCUAGCGGCGGGGCUUGUAUAUUUGUUUUCCUCACUGCAGAUGCUAGGCUAGGCUAGCUGCUGCCAUGGAUAAAGCCAAGUCAAUGAUGGACAAGAAAGGAGCGUCGGGGCCCUUUCAUGUCACCAACGGACAGGCAUUUCACGCUAACGGUAGCUGCUGCAGUGGCUCCACAUUCAGCUCCAGCUCCAGCUCCAGCUCUGGACCCAACAGCAGCUCCAGCCCCAGCAGCAGCAGCAGCAGCAGCUUUGAGGCCAGCAUGCACCACCUGCACCGCGGGGAAGAUGCGGAGUGCAACGGGUCCCCGGCGAAGAGAUGCAGGCUACGGAAAAGGACAGAGUCGGUGAGACGGAGCAGACCCCCCUUCCCCUGGUUUGGUAUGGACAUCGGCGGCACGCUGGUGAAGUUGGUGUACUUUGAGCCAGUCGACAUAACAGCAGAGGAAGAACAGGAAGAAGUGGAAAACCUCAAGUCCAUCCGGCGCUACCUCACCUCAAACGUGGCCUAUGGUAAAACGGGCGUCCGUGACGUCCACCUGGAGCUGAGGAACCUGACCAUGUGCGGCCGGACGGGGAACCUGCACUUCAUCCGCUUCCCGACGCAGGCCAUGCCCCGCUUCAUCCAGAUGGGGCGGGACAAGAACUUCUCCAGCCUGCACACGACUCUCUGCGCCACCGGGGGCGGGGCCUACAAGUUCGAGAAUGAAUUCAGAUCGAUGGCCGACCUGGAGCUGCUGAAGCUGGACGAGCUAGACUGCCUGAUCCGGGGUCUGCUGUACGUGGACAGGGUUAGCUUCAACGGACACCCAGAGGGAUACUACUUCGAGAACCCCUCGGACACCCAGAGCUGCGUGAAGAAGACCUGCACCCUGGACAACCCUUUCCCCAUGCUGCUGGUCAACAUCGGCUCUGGGGUCUCCAUCCUGGCCGUUUACUCAGAGAACGACUACAAACGCGUGACUGGGACCAGUCUGGGUGGCGGUACAUUCCUGGGCCUCUGCUGCCUGCUGACGGGCUGCGAGACGUUCGAGGAGGCCUUGGAAAUGGCCAGCAAGGGCGACUCUACCAACGUGGACAAACUGGUGAAAGAUAUCUACGGAGGAGACUACGAGCGCUUCGGCUUGCAGGGCUCUGCUGUCGCCUCCAGUUUUGGUCACAUGAUGAGCAAAGAGAAGCGAGACAGCAUCAGUAAGGAAGACCUGGCUAAAGCCACACUGGUCACCAUCACAAACAACAUAGGAUCCAUUGCACGGAUGUGUGCAGUCAACGAGAAAAUUGAGCGUGUGGUGUUUGUCGGGAACUUCCUUCGUAUCAACACAGUGUCCACAAAACUGCUAGCCUACGCCAUGGACUUCUGGUCCAAAGGACAACUCAGAGCCCUCUUCCUGGAACACGAGGGUUACUUUGGAGCUGUCGGGGCGCUGUUGGAGCUGCACAAGACAACCGAGGAGCCAUAAAGUGAACGAUGUCAUGACAUCAUCAACCCUCGACAGAAAGAUGUCAUCCAACCCUGAAUGCUGUGAUGUCAUCAACUCUCGAUGCCGUGAUGUUGUCAACUUUUGCUGCUGAAAAAAGGUCCUGUUCACAGAGACCCCUAAAGGAACACUGAGCGAGAGACACAGAAACUGAGAAAAGCCAUUUUAAUAAUUUAACUCUUGUAAAUAAUGUAAACCUCUAACAUUCAUCUCCUAAACUUCCCAAACAGAGUCCCCCUAUCAUAGAGGUUUUAAUAUUUUAAUCUUUAAUUUAUGGUUUCCUGUAACCCCCUUGAUUCCUGUAAUCAGCGCUGUGUCAGGAAGCACAGAGACACAGAGUAUUUUAGUGUGUUUUGUCUUUUUUUGUGUGAAUAGCUACUGUAGCAUAACAUCCUUGAGGCUGUGGCUCCACGGGAGACUGUUUGUGCAACAAUUAUUCAAGAUAAGAUGUCUGCACAGAAAUUAAGUCACUCUUGAAUGAUUCAUUGGGCAUUUUAUGGACUCGUAUAAAUUAAUUCUCUGCGACCUCAGAAACUCAACUUGAACACCACACCUCCAGCCUUCAGCUGCCUAAUCGGUUACUGACGCUGUAAAACCAUAAAGACCAAAACUAGUGGUUCCCCUGCGUCAAACUGCAGCUGGACAGCAGUCAUGGCAGCAGUUAAAGGUCCGGAGGCAUUUUGUUGUUGCACAAAACGUUUCCCACAAUGCCACAGUCCUCUUAGGAGUGCACUGAAGCCAAAUCCUGUUGAGAUUCGUACGACACCUUCAGCCCAGAUGGGGGCAGACAUUUUUUUUUUUUUUUUUCUGUUGCUCCACUGCACAUGGCCUUUGCUUUUUUGUUUCUUUCUCCUCCUUCUGCCUACCAACAUUAACAACACCAUAUUGCCACACAUGCGUACCUAACCUGCUGAGUUUAGUGUUUGAUGAUGGGACCAAGACAUUGUCUUCCAACAGAUGGCGCUACAGAUGUGUCUGCGUUGUUGAUUUCUGUUAAUGACGAGCUACAACUACAGUUCAGGACCCAGCCUGCCUCAGCGACCAGUGUUUGUUAUUUGGGAUAUCCAAUGGGAAUUUUCUUUGUUAUCACUGUAAGGAAUCAUCCUUUUCUUUUUCUCUUACUUAUCCCUGUCUGCAAGUGUCACUUCAGGAGGGUGGAGAUCUGAUUCCUCUCCCUCUAACUUCACUGCCUCCCCUGCUGCCUUGUUUGGAUGUGAUUUUAUUAGGCUAAUAUCAAAAUAACAUGUGAAUCCUAGCAUUUAAAAGGUUUAGCACCCCGAGCUCUACAUUAAAUAGGAGACUAAAAAUGAGAAUUGGUUAAUCUCCUGUAAAUUAGACUGUAUUUUUAGUGUUUGAAUGUAUUGAUUUGUUCUGUAAGAGCCACCGAUGAGAAAUAACAGUUAUUACUACACUCUUGGAAAUAUAUGUUAUAGUAAUUGGCCAACAUUCCCUAGCUUCAACCCAGAUUAUCACUUUGUAUUCUUCUUAGAGCAUUUCAAUACUAUGUGCCUCUAUUUUAACCAACCUUUAAACCUUGGGGAUUGAACAUGCCCAGGUACAGAUGACUAAUUCUGCCAAUAUCUCUUCGAACACAAACUUCAUUAGAGUAAGUCACACAUAUGCAAACCAUGUAGGAGGAUGUUUGUCCUGAUCAGAGUCCAUAUCCAAACUAGCACUGUGCAUCACCACAUUUUAAUUUACUAUUUCAUAUUUGUUGAAAGGGAAGACAUAGACCAGUUUUGUAAGUUAAUCUGAAGUUAUUUUAAGCUUUCCACAGCUUCUCAAAAUACACAAACAUUAGAAAACUGUUUAGUCCAAAAUUAUGAGGGUCCUUUUUAAUCAAAUAGUUAAUUGGCUAACAAAAUAAUCACAAAUGCAAAGAGUGGGUGCUCUAUAGUAAUAUACUAAAAGCUCAAUAUUAGUAUUUUUCUGUUAUUACUUUGAUUGCAGCAGCCUUCAUUAACAACCUAUUCACUUCAAUAAUCAAAAUGCCAACACUAAUGCAAGUGUUACUAUUUAAAUAGUAGCGACUUUGUUGGGAUUUUCCCACCAUUUUCCUCUGUUAUAAAGCUGCUUUUUGGUCUGUUUUGUUUUUACAUUUGCCUUGUUUCAACUCCUGUUUGGAUGAUAAUGGUGACCUCGACCUGUGGGGUACCAUCGGCUUUAAAUCCAGUUAUCUUGUGCAACCCCCCCUUUCUCACCUGGAACCCUAUCAGUUGCCUUCGGUGUGUGUUCGCCUGGUUUCACCAUGUAUGUGCCCUGUGUGAUUUACCUUCAAUUACUUACCUGCUGAACUUUAACUCAAUGCUUCUGUACCGCUGUGCAUGCAAACAUGUUUCUGCUCAUGUUUCAGACCUGCUUCCUAUGCUUGUUUAUAGAUGGUUUGUUUUUAUGCCAUGGUACUCUAGCAGAAGACUGUGUGUUUGGUAUUCACAACUCUACUGCUAACCCCAACUGCGUCUUCUUAGUACAAGAGCAGAAUUAACUUCCACUAGCACUGCAAUGGUUUUGAUUAUAGUGUAAUCCUUUGGAAAGCCACAACAAUAUUUGGGUAACAUAAAUAAGAAGAACUGGAAAUGUUGAUAUAUUCCAGGUUUUCUUCAUUAUUUUUCUGGGCAAAUGUGUGGUUUGGGAACAUUUAACGGAAUUUGUUUUGUCCUAUAAUUGGUUAAAGCCUUUUUUGUGGCCAGUACGAAGUAAAUAUGCGAGUGUUUUCCCAUGUGAUUUUAAUAUACUGUACAGAAUUUUCAUGUUUUUUUUUUUUUUUGGUUGGCACAAAAGAACCAGUGUGAUUGUUUCCAGAAAUGUCAAUUUCAUGUGCGAUCAGGCUGAGAAGCCUUUUAAAACGUGCUGAUUUGCAUAACUAGAAAAAGUAAUGACUGUGAGUUGAUGAUUUUUUUCUUUUCAAACACACCUUCUCACUGUCCUGUCUAUUAUCUCACAUCAGCUGAACACCCAAGUACGAGGAACAUUUAAACAUAGAAGUCCGUUAGAACUUUUUACAAUCUGCUGUUCAACAUCUGGCUGCGUCCUUGAUGUCCGUUUUAAGAUGAUGCAUGGUCCCUGCAUACCAUAGAUUACUGUACAUGUUUGACAGCAUUUUAGUGUACCGCUAUGUUCCCAGUAGUGCUAUAAAUGCUAGUUGUAAAAUAACUCUACUAAUCUAAAACAGUUCUACGCCAGAGUGUUAUGUAAUGCCCUGGGGGUGUCAUGAGUUCAGAUACUUGAUGUACCUAAUUAUUGUAUUACUGCUGCAGCUUCAGUUUUUUUUUUAAUACAAAAACCAAAUGACACUUGCUGGAAUGUAAAAUUCUACACAUAAACUAUGUCAUGAAACCCAUCUUUCAAAGCAGUGUCACAUCUUGCACUGACACACGUUUGGUCCUUUUCACAUCCUUACUGUGAUAACACUGACACGGCAUUAGGCAAGAAUUCAGUCAAUUAAGUAAACUAGCUUUUAAGCCUACAAUCCAUUUUUUGUUUUAAUCAAAAGUCAACAAUGUAGGUGAUUAUCUGCUUUGAUGAUAGUCUGAGUUAAGAUUUUUAGAGUCUGGGGUUUGGACCUCAGUAAACAUUGUCUGAGGUUAAUUUCCUGCUGGGACCAUCCAACCCACAUCAGUAUACUUUCCUGUGAUACUAGUAGGAGUUUUGGCUUUAAAUGUCAUGCCACCCUUAGUGAAAUCUAACCAACAGGCUAUGCAGUAACUCACCCAUGGAUCUCUUUUUCCCUUUCAACAAACUCACCUCUUCUUUAAAGCAACCAGUCUAUUGGACUUGUUUGUAAAUGUUUUUUUUAAAUAUAUAUGCAACCCAUGUGAGUUUUCCCCUGUUAAAAAUCCUGUUUGAAUCUUGACGGAAGAUAAUUUCUACUCCUGAAGUUUCUGUCCUGCUGAUUUGUUAACACUAUUCAAGGUGGAUGCUCGCAACCGAAUGUUUUAGGCCGGAUUAUGCACCAAAAUGAGUGUACCAUGCAUGUUUUGUUGGUAUAAUCUGUGUGACUAAACAUGUAUGCACUGUGGCACAGUAACACAUGCUGUAAGAAGCUCUGUCAACACACCUACAUCUAUUUUGGAUUUACAUCUAAACUGUGAAUCUCUGUUGGAUGAAUGACCCGGGUUCACUUUUAUCUUGAACAGUGUUUGUUUACGAUAUAAAUCAAACUGUAAACAUCCUGUCAAACCUCAUGUUGCAUACUAUAAACCGUGACAUAAUGUUCCUCGUGACCUUCUGACUUUAGGCUUGUGUGAUAGUUUGCACUCCCUUUGCUUAACCUUUUCUCAAAGGGCCUAAUCCGGUUAACAUCCUGUUGCGUGAAUACAUCCCACCUUUAAAACUGUCUUCUGGAAUGCUUGACUAGCAGGACAGACAUUUUCAACCUUGUGUAUUUGAUUGUACAGAGAUUUUGUAAAUAAUAUUAAUAUGAUAUAUUCUACACCAGCAAUCUUUCUGUUGAUUAAGUUGUUUCAACAGUUCUUGGCUUCCCAAACAUGACCCGGCACUUCUUUUGCAAAUCCCAACGUAGACAGAAGAUGCACCGUGACAAACCACUUUGAAUGACGAAUAGCGUUAAAUAACAUACGUGUAGAUGUUUAUUAUUGGUUGUAUAGAAGUGUUGUCAUCCUUUGUACAUGUGGUAACCCACCAAUCAGAUAGAUAGUAUUUCUGUACAUGUAUUGUAACUUUAUUAACAUUUUCUUGGUUUUAUUCAAGUUCAGACUUUGAUUAAAGAUAAUCAUGCUUAAAUGUCAUUGUUACUUCGAUUGGGAAUUGUAGGGAAAAUGUGGUAUUUUGAAAAAGUGUUAAACAGUCCGGAUGCCUUUUUCUGCUGGAUUCUCUGUGAUGUGGAUCUGGGUAUGAACAUUUUGGGAAGCCUAGUGCUGGUUAUUGCGUCAAUUCUGCUGCUGCUUUUAACUCCGGUUUGGAAAAAAUAAAGGGUUAAAAUGGAAAAAAAAGACAAAUAAAAAAUAAUGGCUCCCUGCCUUGUGCAAUGCGUAUGUACUGAAGUGAAGUGAUUCUUUUCCACAAAGGAAUUAAACUAAAACUGGAUGAGCAA